AAUCGGCGGAAUUUCGUUCUGUUGUUAAUAGCGAAGUAACAGAAUCCCACAAUGAGUUUAGAGGGCCGAUCGGCAGCACAGGACUUGAGCUCCGAGACAGAUUCGAUCAAAGAUGAAGAAAGAACCGCAGGCCGUAAACACAAGAAGCAUCAUAAGCACAAGGAUCAGAAGUCGAAGAAGCAUAAAAAGCAUAGGCGCCACAAAGAGCCCAAGGAUGAGGAGAAAGACCCCAACAUUCAGGAUCUCGAGCUCGAGGAGCUCGAAAGGAAGAAACUCGAGCUCUUGAAGUCGCUCCAAAUGGUCGAAGGGGAAGACGGAAAACCCGCAAGCGAUACAACCCGGAGACUCGUGGUCACGAAAUCCGACGACGGAGGCCUGAGCGUGAAAACAAAUCACAGCAACGGCAGCGACGAGUUCGCCGACAACACGAGCUCGAAGAACGGAGCGAGCUCAAAGGAAACUCAUACAAAGUCCUCCGAUAGUCAUCGCUCUGAAACGAAACGCGACAGAGACGAGGAUGCCGAUCGACGCAAGGAAGCGAGGAAGCGAGAAAAGCACCAACAACGUGAAAAGGAAAAACUCGAGAUGAGGUCUCGCGAAAGAGAGAGGGAGCGCGAGAAGGAGCGUGAGCGGGAACGCGAGAAAGAACGGGAAAGAGAGCGCGAGAAGGAACAGCGAGAGCGGGAAAAAGAACAGCGGGAAAGGGAGCGCGAGCGCGAGAGAGAAAGAGAACGUGAGCGAGAAAAAGAGCGCGAGAAGCAACGAGAACGCGAGAAGGAGCGAAAUCGGAUGAAACAGUUACAUCGGGAUCGGGAAAACGAUCGACACCGGGAUCACCGUCGGCGAGACGACGACAGGCUCCGUAGAGGCGACAACCGAAGCUCAGAUAGUCGAAGAGACCGAGAGAUCCGCCGGGGUGGGGACAACGAGAGACAAAGUCGGCGGAACGAGCGCCGCAGUCGGAGCCGAGAAGCUGACGAUCAUCACAACAACGGCUCGAAGCGACGCAACCGCAGACUCGCAAGGGAUUCCUCCUCGGACAACAGCGACAACGAGGAGAUCGAGAUAAAGGACGAGGACGAGGAUCUGGACGAAGAGGAGCUCAUCGAGAGAUCCAGAAAACAGCGACAGGAGCUGUUGGCGAGACUCGGUAAAACAUCGUCGACAUCUGACCGGAAGGUCGAGCCUCCCGAGGCUCACAGCUUCAGCUCACCCGGUACUUCUACCCAAGACGGUCUCCGGAGUCAAGAAAGACGCAGUGCGAGUCCCCAGCCUGUCAUUCUGGAUUCUGACGGUGACACCACCUUCAGCAAGUUGGGCGGUGGGCCUGGAGAAGACUCGCCAGUCGCCGAAGGAAAUAACUUGAACGGUCAGAAAGACGAAGAGAACGAUAUGUUCUCUGAAAAUUACAAUGCAUCCUCGCCUAAAUCCCGAUCUUUGUCCAGAAGUCUCAUCCAUGAGAAUCCAGCCCUCAACGACAAUUGGGACGAUGCCGAAGGCUACUACAAAGUUCGGAUCAGCGAGGUCCUCGACCAGAGGUAUGAAGUAUAUGGAUACACCGGACAAGGCAUGUUCUCGAGUGUGGUUAGAGCUCGAGACAAAGCUCGAGCGAACGCCGAGGUCGCCAUCAAAAUCAUACGUAAUAACGACGUCACGCUGAAAUCCGGUCAAAAAGAACUAGAAAUCCUGAGAAAGCUGAACGAUGCCGAUCCGGACGAUAAGUACCACUGUCUGCGACUGCAUCGUCAUUUCUCGCAUCGUCAACACCUCUGUCUCGUGUUCGAGUCACUGAGCAUGAAUCUCAGAGAGAUCCUCAAGAAGUACGGUAAGGAUGUGGGUCUCCACAUCAAGGCCGUCCGGUCAUACGCACAUCAACUCUUCCUGGCGCUGCGUCUCCUCAAGAAAUGUAACAUCCUACAUGCCGAUAUUAAACCCGACAAUAUUCUCGUCAACGAGAACAAGCUACAGCUGAAACUCUGUGAUUUCGGCUCCGCGUCCUUCGCGUCCGACUCGGAAAUUUCGCCCUACCUCGUGUCGCGAUUCUAUCGUGCCCCCGAGAUUAUCAUGGGCAUAGGCCAUGAAUUCGGCAUCGAUCUCUGGUCAGUUGCGUGCACUCUGUACGAGCUUUACACUGGGCGGAUAAUGUUCCAAGGCAAAACCAAUAACGAAAUGUUGAAACUGUUCAUGGAGCUCAAGGGUCGGUUCCCCAACAAACUCGUUAAGAAGAUACCCGAGAUCCUUCGGAACAAGCAUUUCAGUUUCGACAUGAACUUCAUGUACUACGAAGUCGAUAAAGUCACUGAGAGGGAAAAAGUAAUCGAAAUGAAGAACAUAAAUCCUACGCGUGAUUUGGGAACGGAGCUAUUCGGCGCCAAUCUUCCUGCGGCUCAGCUGAAUAAGGUUCAACAGCUCCGGGAUCUCUUGGACAAGAUUCUCGCCAUCGAUCCACAGAAGAGACUCACGAUAAACCAAGCUCUCCAGCAUGUUUUCAUCACGGAGAAGAUCUGAGAUCCGAGCAAAGCGCGUGAAGUUCACCAGACUGUUGGGGAGCUCUGAUACGAUUCAAUAUCGACUUAUUAAAUGGGCUGCGAAUGUUUUACUGUCUCGUCGUGAGUCUUCUGCCGUAUUCUUCUGUCUCCCCAAAGAUCGUUUAUUCGAUUUUGACGAGGGAAUAAUUCACUUCGGAUCUUUUAUGCGACUCGACGGGACUCCAUUGCCCAAAUGCCCCCUCCCCCCUCUCCCUGAGACUUCAUUGUGUACACACCGCAUCGUCGAGAGAUUACAUUAAGGGACCUGUUAAACUUGUACAAAACAACAGUAAUUACAGAGAGAGCUCGGCCGGUUAUCUGAUAUUGAGCCCUGUGAGCGACUUCCAUUCAGAUAUCGUGGAGUCUUUCAUUUCUAAGGAAGACCGUCGAACACGAGAACCAAUGACCCGUGUUGAAAUGAAACUCUUCUCCCGAUUGGAACGCAUCCGCUCGCGCAAGAACAAUAAACUGGAAUAAAUGAUG